AUGUCUAGCCAUCUUGAUGAACACAUAGUUACGGAUAACUUGGAGUCGCUGAAAGAAGGUGAAAUUUUCGUCGAUGCAGAGACUGGAAAGAAGUAUCGAGUAAAGAAGACUAUCCUUCCUGGUUAUUCUUCAUCUGGACCACAUGGACUUGGCGAUCCUGAUGACAGAACCUUGAGGCGGAUUGAAGCCGAUGUCAUUAUUCCCAACAGAAUGAAUGCCCGAAUCGAAAAAGUCGAGUGUCACGAGCAGUACAUGAAUCUCGUCAACUGUAUGCGCGAGAAAGGAGGUGUGAAAGGCCUGAAGCUGUGCAAACCUGAAUUGGGUGUUUUUAAUCACUGCAAAUUCCUUAUGUUCAACGAUGUGGACUUCCGAGAAAGGAUGACUGAGGAAUAUCUGCGGGAACGAUCAGAAGCACGUAGGACAGGCAUGACAGGGCGGCAGCGAAAACUUGAAGCUUACAGGAAAUGGAAGAAAGAGCAAGAAGAGCUUUGAAUCUAUCCAGUGAUCUUCAAAAUAUUUCAGUCAUUCAUUGGAUUUUAUUGUUGUAUGCUUUGGUAGAAAUAUCAUAAGGA